GGGCUCCAAAUGAAGGAAGCAUGAGUAUCAGCAGGAUAUGCAAUUCCACAGACCUACCAUUCAAAGAAAGCCGCGAGCUUUUGAUUGUAGUAUACAGCUUCAUUUUUGCCAUAGGCCUACCAGCCAACUGCCUAACUGCUUUUGUGACGCUUGUACAAAUUUGCAGAAAAAAUAUCACAGCCAUUUACCUGUUUGGCCUGUCCCUGUGCAACAUUAUGUACCUGAGCACCCUUCCCCUCUGGAUCCUCUAUGUGAAAAAUGACCACCAUUGGCAAAUGGGGACAUCGUCAUGCCUGGUGACUGGAUAUAUCUUUUUCUGCAACAUUUACAUCAGCAUUCUUCUCCUGUGCUGCAUUUCUAUCGAUCACUAUAAGGCUCUGGUACGUGCACUGGAAAGCAGAGGGAAAUGCUUCAGGUCCCAAAAGACUGCUACUAUGGUCACAGUCGCUUUUUUUGGCAUCAUUGCUGCCAUCUAUUGCCCUGUGUUUUUCAACAAAAGUAUCCAGGAAGAUAACAUAGCAACCUGCUUUGAAACUCCUCUCAGUGACAAGUUGGCCUAUUACAAUAUCAGCCGGUUCUUCUUGGGAUUUCUCAUUCCUUUGGGGCUCCUUCUUUUCACAAACUACAGAAUUUUUCAAAGUAUUAAGACCAGCUGCAGCCUCAAUCCAGACCAGAAAGCUAAAGUGAGAAACGUGGCAAUUGCUAUCAUUUCUGUAUUUGUACUGUGCUUUGCUCCCUACCAUUUUGUACUCCUUGUGAGAGCUAUUUUCUUCUUUCGGUAUCCAGAUGAGAUAUGCACAUUUGAGAAAAAAAUAUAUACUACUUCUGUGAUCUUUCUGUGCUUUUCCACUGCCAACAGCGUUGCAGAUCCAUUUAUCUAUGUGCUGGCUGGUGAAAAUGUCAGGCGGGAGAUAUACCGCACAUGUAGGGUAUGUGGAAUUCAUUGGCCAGAUGAUUCCCAGUGACAUCAGAAACACACACACUGGGAAAUAAAGAAGACACUUCACUAUUGAAAGACCUGAAUGGAAAGUGGAUAACAUUUUCAAAUGCACUGAAACAUUCCCUUUCUCCAGUAGUCACCAUCUGUUUCAGAGAAUUCUGAUCUUCAUACUUGGAAUUUGGUCGAUGGGCCUUCACAAUAAAGUCACAAUAUUGUGAUAUGUAACUGGGUCUAUGCAAUGCUCAAGACAUAAUGAUGCAUUGAUGAAGGAUCAUAUGGCAUCACGGAGAAGCUGCUAAUAUAGUUUUGGAUCAUUUAUCAAUUCUUUGCUAAUGGGGAAAGGACUAAAAUGAAAAAAGGCACAAGCCAUAAAAAAGCAAAGUGAAUAAGAAAUGCUACCUCUCUGGGAUACUUUCUAGGUCCUAGGAUGUUGGAUUUUUUUUAAAAAAAAAUAAAACUGUUGACCUAAUGGUUAGGAUAUCUUUGACUAAGAUAAAUUAUUCUUCAAUAAAUUACCCAA